AUGAAAACUCGCAAACAGCAAGCGUUCGUUGCCGGCAGCAAAAACUGUCAAGUCAUCCGGAUUGUAACAACGUCCGUCGUCCACGAUGCAAUCAAACUUCUGCAGAUAUUGGACUUUCGAGUGCUGAAAAUCCUACCGAGCGACUUGGACGAAGUCGAAGACAUCAAACAGGUCGGCAACGAGUACUAUUUUAAAAAGGACGUAGAAGUGAUUGAUGACUCCGAGAACGAAGUUGUGCCCGUUGCGAAAAACGAGCCCAGAAACGACACCGCACAGUUUACGGAAACACUUGACAUUGUGGUUCUUCCGCCGCCCACCAGAGACGUCGAUGUCUACGAGAGCAGCUUCGACAGGGUGGACGAUAGUGGCGGUGAAAGUGAUAAAAGCACCAUCAAUUUGUUCGGAUUGAUUGCCCCAACCGUGGGCUCAGGUUUACAAAGCAGUACUAGUCAAAAGCGAGAAUCUACAGCUGAAAGCAUGGCAACCCACGAGAGUUUCUACUCAACACAAAUAACUUUAACUGACACCGGGAAAGUGAAUGUUACUCGACAGAGUGACCAUUCCACCUUGGGGACGCUGCCACCCACAUCAGGCAAUGGUUCGAGCGGUCAGGAAAGCUUAGAGAAAUAUCCGGAUGUGGAGUCAAAUGAAAUUGAUAAGGAUGCCAAUAAGCCGAUCAGAAACAGUACCGAGGAUGAUUUUAGUUUUAACAAUAAGACAUUCAGGAAAAUGCAGGAGACUGUGUUGGAGGAAAUGAGUGAUAAAAAAUACGGAGGAAGGGAAGGCUACCCGGUAACUUAUGACUACGAUGACGAGGACGAUUUAGAGGAGGACGAUAACGAGGAUGACUAUGAGGAAACGGAGAAAAUAGGCCAUAAGAAAUAUAUCAGUAUUCAACGAACGCUUUUAAAGCACCCAUUGCGCCAGGGCUUCCUUAUGACACCCGGGUAUCCGAAGUACUACAUUGGAGACAGCGUCUGCCGGUGGACACUGUACGCCCAGCGACUGCAGAAAAUUAAAUUAACUAUUUUAGAUUUAGCAUUGCGGUUUGAUGAACCGUGUAGAGACUACGUUGAGAUUAGGGAUCUGGCUACUAAUCAGACCCUGUUUAGCAGCUGCUCCGAAAGCACGCGGCCGAUCGAAGUGAUCAGUCUGCAGGAACGUGUUGAGGUGAACGUUCGAACGGCAACGAAAGUCGCUUAUCCAAAGCGGGGCGUGCUAAUACAUUACUCAGCACUCGGCUGCGAACUACCGUCGCCGACACCGCCGCAUAUGACGCUGGUCCGUCGAAGCGAGCGCCGCGUAAAGUACGUCUGUGAUCCUCUGUACGUAUUUCCCGACACUGCUGUGCCCAGUCGCGAGUUGGUCUGCACCAGUAAGCACACGUGGAACCGGCCGUUGCCAGCCUGCGUAGGUGAGUACACUGAAAUCGAACUUAUAGACAUCAACUCUGGAAAGGACUCUUGGUGUGUUGGAUAUUGAUGCGACAUUUAUUGC